UAUAUAUUUUCCAAGUCUCAAACAAAUACCCACAACGUACUCAAAUAUAUUCAAACUCGAUCACCUUAGCUAUUUUUUUAACCCACUUUAUUUUUUUUCGAACCAUUUUACAACACUAUUUUCAAAUCCUUUCGCUUGAUUUAAAGCCAUUUAACAUUUCUUUACGUCUUAAACUAGGUGGUUUUACUUAUGAAACAUGUUUCAACCUCAGUUUGCACUACAGCACUCACCGCAUUUUCUGCAGGAAAUGCAUUUUCUAGUUUCCAAUUUGUUAAGAUUAUGUGGAUAGACUUUGAUUUAGCAUGGCCUAACAUGCUUGAUGGACAGAUAUGGUUAGUGAUAAUUAUACAAUAUGAAGCAUAAUAAUAGCUAUAGACUAGCACCAAUCCAUUUUUAUUCAUUUUAAAUGCUAAAUGUGACGGGAUGAGACGGUGAUGUGGACAUCCAUCACAUUACCACAUAAGGCUUGUUUUGAGAGGUAGGCCUACUUAUAUUGUAAUUAGGUGAGUGCUGCAUGCAGCUCUCAAUUGUUGUUCUUCAGUUUUAUUCCUUCUUCUUCAUUAUUCUAUACAAACUUUUUGGAGACAAAAUUUCAUCCAUCCCUUUUGAUUAAUUUUAAAUGCUAAAUGGGAGGGGAUGAGACGGUGAUGUUGACAUCCAUUACAUUACCAUAUAAGGCUUGUUUUGAGAGGUUCUGAGAUCCAUGGUCUCCUUGACGACAGCAUCACUGCCUCAUUCAAGCGAGACGCCACGUGGACUGACUCACGCACGCUGCACGAAGUUGUCUUUGCUAGUUGUUGCUAAUUAAUCGUGGGUUGAUCAUUAUAUCUACUUGACUGUACUUGUCGAAAAGGAAAGCAAACAUGGGUGGCUGUUGCUCCAGACAGCCUGCCAUGGAGGAAGAUGGAGGAGAACCUGACCACCGCCCGGCCCCUUCUGUGGUUGCAUCGCUGCCAAAGAAGAAACCCUCUUUUUUCCCCACUUUCCCAUCCCUACCCUCUUCUCGUUUCAACCCCACUGCAUCCCUCCCCUCUUCUUGUGUCUCCCCCACUACAUCUCUCCUCUCUUCUCGUUUCUCCCCCACUGCAUGCCUCCCCUCUUCUUGUGUCUCCCCCACUACCUUUCUCCCCUCUUCUUGUGUCUCCCCCACUACAUCCAUCUCCUCUUCUUGUGUCUCCCCCACUACAUGCCUCCCCUCUUCUUGUGUCUCCCCCACUACAUCCAUCUCCUCUUCUCGUUUCUCCCCCACUACAUGUCUCCCCUCUUCUUGUGUCUCCCCCACUACAUGCCUCCCCUCUUCUUGUGUCUCCCCCACUACAUGCCUCCCCUCUUCUUGUGUCUCCCCCACUACAUGCCUCCCCUCUUCUUGUGUCUCCCCCACUACAUGCCUCCCCUCUUCUUGUGUCUCCCCCACUACAUGCCUCCCCUCUUCUUGUGUCUCCCCCACUACAUGCCUCCCCUCUUGUGUCUCCCCCACUACAGCUCUCCCCUCUUCUUGUGUCUCCCCCACUACAUGCCUCCCUGUUUCUCAUCACCCCGCCUCUCUCUUCUCGUCCCCAUCCUCCCCUGUUCUGUUCCCUGUUCCUGUUCUUCUGUCCUCUGGUAUCUCCCCAAUAACUGUGUCUCUUUCUCCCUCCCCCCCCUCUCUCUCUCCAACAGGAAUCCUGGACCUUCCAGAUGUCAUCACCCCCAGCAGCAGAGAUGUCUCCUCCCCACCAGGACGGUCAUCAGAUGUCGGUGAGCAGAGCAGCAAAGGGACCUCAGAGGACACCACCCUGCCUGAUGAGGAUGUACUGGGGAAUCAAAUGGUACCUGCAGUAGCUGGGAGUGAGCUCAAUGAGGUGGACCCCACUGGGCCUCCUGCCCAGACAACAGAGUUCUCCCGGCCUCGUCGCUUCUCAUCUCUGCAGUGGUAUGACAGCAGGAGCCAACCUUUGCUGAUUGCAUCAGGGAGAUCCAUCAGCACAGGAUUGGACAUCAGAUAGAAAUCGAUGAAUGAAUGACUCCGUUUUGCUUAUACGUGACGUGACUAUCCUCCUCAUUGCUGUGUUUCCCUCUCUGUUCCCCUCUUCCCUGUGUGUUGCAGUCAGCC